GGCCAGGUUCACUGAUUAACUCAAUGAUUUACGAACAGUUUCUGAGCUAAUUGAUCAUUAAAAUUACAAUAAACAGGUUAAAAUGAGUACGCAAUGAUUUGGACUAACAGAGGCAUAAGUCCUAGCUAAGUGUUAGAUAAAUUAUAUUGACUGUUUUGCCAGAUACCUCGCAAUACGUCACAUCAUGUAUUAUGCUUCUAACCUAAACUUACUGUUUCGUACGAACGUGAUUUUUUGCCGGUAACUCCAUUUGUAACAUUAAAUUAUCCAACGAAAAAAUGGCAUGCCGUCAAGUGUUGAAAGCUAUCAUCAGAAGAACAUGGCCUAUAAUGUAUGCCUCGACAACAUUGUUCGUUAACAGUACAUCAACACAAAAACCAUGUGCGGAUCAAAAGCUAACUCUGGAGCCACCUGAUUCUAAAACAUUGUCCUACGAUUAUAUGAUAAAACAGUCGACAAUAGACGCGGUAAACACGGCCUCACAAGUAUUGACAGUUACAUAUUCUGCAAUUGAAUCGACAAGUAGAGAUUAUAGAAAUAUGUUGACUAAAUUGAUCGUCCUCGUAAGAGAAACUUUAACUUAUGAAGUGUGUGAUUCACAUUGGGAUAUGAUUGUGGAAGUGCGAGCUGAGGUUCAACUUAAAAAGGAAAUUCUUACAAAACUGAUUGGCUUUAUGGAUUAUGUUCACAAGAUGGCUGUUGCUGCAUCUGAAACAACAUAUCUAGCAGGCAUGGAUAAUCUAUCGACAACACUGUGCCAAAGAAUUGAUGAUGCCUUGAUAAAUAUGCAAAAAGAAAUUGAUCUCAACAAAGUACUGGAAGAAGAAUACUGCCGAGUUCAACAACAGUGUAUAAUCAAAUGUAGAGAACGAUCUACGAAAGAAGACGUUUGGCAAAACCAGCAAGAGAGUCCGAUUUCUACACCAACGCUCAAUCCAGAUUUAGACAUGGAUGAAAUAGUUAAUUCCAUUGAUCCUUAGCUUUUAUAGUUGUAUUAGUACGUAUUGUUAUAACAUUUUUAAUAAAUAUAUACUGAUAUUAUACGUCUA